AAAUUUACAAAUUUGGCCAUGUAGUGACGUCGAAACAUCAAGCUGGGAAACUUUACUGUCAGUGCCGUGGAAUAACAAACGUCAGCAGAGGGAUCGAAGAGGUUGAUGGUCGCGUAGCACCCGGGAGAAAAAGAACCAAAAUCUCUUGGCUCAAAAAGUUGUGAUCUUUAUGCCAUCAAAUUGACCAUGUGCAUUGCGGUGUUUCUAUGGCGAGCUCAUCCACUGUACCCAUUCAUUCUCAUGCUUAACAGGGACGAGUAUCACAGUCGGUCUACAAGGCCAUUGGGAUGGUGGGAAGGUGAUGAAAUUUUGGGGGGCAGAGAUGAAGUGGCAGGUGGGACAUGGUUGGCUUGUAGCAGGGAUGGACGGAUGGCUUUCCUUACAAAUGUCAGGGAAGUUCAGUCGCUCCCUGAGGCAAAGAGUAGAGGGGACCUCCUAGUUCGGUUCUUACAGAGCAAGAAGAGACCCAUGGAGUUUGCCGAAGAAAUGGUGAAGGAGGCAGAUCAGUAUAAUGGGUUUAACCUGAUAUUAACUGAUCUUUGUUCCAAAACCAUGGUUUAUGUAACUAAUAGAGCAAAAGAAGGUAACAACCUUGUUACCGAAGUGGAAUCUGGGAUUCACGUGUUAACAAAUGCAAGGCUAGACUCUCCAUGGCCAAAGGCUCAACGACUGGGCGAUAGUUUCAGAGAGCUAUUGGAUGAACAUGGUGAAAAAGAGUUACCCAUGAAAGAGAUGGUUGAAAAGCUAAUGAUGGAUACAUUUAAAGACGAUGAAAGCAUGCUACCUCACAUUUAUCCUCCAGAACGGGAAUACCACUUAAGUUCCAUAUUUGUUGAGACAGUCACUACUCCGAUUGGACGUUAUGGCACUAGAAGCACUUCUGCAGUGUUUGUGAAUGCAAUUGGUGAAGUAGAGUUUUAUGAGAGGCAUCUGGAGAAUGAACUGUGGAAAGAAGAGACUGUAACUUACCAGAUAGAAGAGACUGAUCAAGUGAUUGGUGAAAAUAUGGCUAGCUAGUCCUAUAAAAUCUCUUCAACAGAUCAUCUGAUUAAAGCUCAGGUCGAUAAUUUGCAAAUACCAAUGGAAGACACUUUUUGUAAUUUGUUUGUUCAUCAAGAGUAAUGAUAAAAGUAAAAGACUUUUGCCCCCUUUUAACAUUACCCAUUGGUUAAUAUUUUUUUGUUAUGAGAAAAGAGAAGAAAAAUGUUAUUAAACAUGA